AUGCCCACAAUCAAAGAAGUAGCGAUAGACUUAACCAACUUCGUGUUGUCGAACGUCAAUGAGGCAAUAUCGUUCAAGCCACAACUCUGCUACCAGGUACCCGCUCAGGACUACGCAGAGUUGCGCGAGCGUUACAUUGCGUUCACCGGAACGUCAAUGCGCAAGAACAAGUCCAAGUUGUAUUUUCUGCCCACCAACAUUUCCGAUGAGCUGCAGCAAUUGAACACGUCAAUUCCAGAGUCGGCCAAGGAAUUCCCCACGGACGGUCACGUAUAUUACAAGAACCGGUUGAUUACAGAGCUCGACUACGAGAACGUAAAGCGUGUGGAGCUGGCGUGCGCGUACAUCGCGUACGCAACGGUCAACAAGGCCGUCAACGUAGAGAUGCACGACACAGGCCACGACGACAGCGACGACGACAUGGAUCCAGAAAAGCUGUCGCCCGCCGAGAGCGCCACGCUCGCGCUGCGGCGCGGCGGUGUCAUUGGGUUUCGCGAGCUGGGCUACCUUGUGUCGAUUACGCCAUGGCAUUUCCACCGUGUGUUCAAGGUGAUCACGGGACUCACAAUUCGCGAGUACGGCCAGUUGUGCUGCGAGUUCAUCAAGAAGAACCGCGAUAUCAUGAACGCAUGCAAGAAGAAGGUGGAGGAGCUCAAAGCCCUGGGCCACUCCUACCACUGCUUCGACGACCCGGACUUCCUCAAGGAGGGCACGCUGUCGUACGAACCCACCGAAAAUGUGGUGCUUCUCCCGGAGUACUUCAUAGACCCAAACAAGUCAAAAGAACACAAGAAAAAGCAAAAAGAGGCCAAGAACUCCGACGGCAAGUGCACGCAGCGCGUCGAAGCUCGCAAGCGCCGCAGUUCCGUGAUGUCCGGCCGUAUUCGUCGCGCAUCGCAAUCAAGCAUUUGCUCCAACUCGUCGAUCCAAGACGCCCUCCACAACGAGGUGAGCUUCCCUACGACGCCCCAGAUGACUUCGUCGGCAGAACAGUCUGAUUACUCGGACCAGUCCGAAUCCGCGUCUCCAAUGAUGAAUUUGGGAUUGACACAUAGCCGCUCUCGCAAGGGCUCGGUGGUUUCCGGAAUUGCCGGGUUUCCUCAGCAGAGCACCAACAUCCCCGCUGGCAAAGUCACCAAACGCCGUGGUACUGCCCACAUGCGUAACGUGAGCGACCCAGUAAUCAACAAAAACCUCCGCUCGUUGCCCCUUGAACAGAAUCUAACUGCACAGAACGUAAUGAUAUCCCCACUGGUGUCUCCAAAAGUGGAUUUCAAGUACAACAUGUUUUCGUCGGGGGACAUGCGCCCUGGCACUCACUCAGCCCGCCAGGAUUCUGGCGACAUGGGCUUCCCACUCGAUUUUGGCAGCAGUGUGCCGCCCCACGUGCUGGAUCCUCAGGACAGUGGCGUGUAUGCAAUGGGUAUGCAGAAUGAGCCCGUGCCAACCACGAGUUCUUCGGGCGACUCACUUCCUUCGGCGCCCUUUACCAUGUCUAUAAACGACGCCGCCAUGUUCAACCAGAACGUGCUGCCGAAUGCCAAUGACGCAGAUGGAAGUACCCUUGUGGGCGGCAUGGGCGUCGUGCCGGAUGACGAGUUAUCGCAGGCGUAUCGUUUGUAUGGCACGACACAGAUCUUGGACGAGGGCAAGGCGCUGGAGAGCGCUGGCACUAGCGUCAGCACGGUGAACACAAUGAUUAGCAACGCGGCAGGUGAGUCGGCAGGCAAGUACUCGCGCAAUCGCGUCAACUCUGUGAUCCCCGAGCCCGAGGAAUUUGACCGCAUGUUUCUCUCGGGAUUCAUGUCUUCGAACCCCUCGUUCCAGGCCUCAUCCUUGGGUGGUGACCUUCCCACCCGCGACGACACAAUGAUCACCUCGCUCACCUCACUUAGCGGGACCGACGUUGCGGAGGCUACCCUGCAGCCAGAGGCCAAGAACGUGAUGCCCUUCAUGUUCGACGGCAACCUAGGCACCAACACGCUGUCGCCAGUGUGCUCACCCACAACCUUAGACUCCGGUCUGCCCUUGUAUCUGCCAAACACCUCGCUUGAGGCGCUGAUCGCGUCUGGAGGCGCGCAGCCUCAGGACGGCACAACUUUAAACCAGCACCCUUAG